CAAGCCUAAGCGUGUGCGCAAGAAUCCAUCUUCCCCUACUUCUUCUCUUCAAAAGAAGCAGCGAACUGAUUAGUAUCCUCAAACAUGAUGGCCUACUGCCACUAGUUUUCUAAAUACUUUAUCUGUGGGAAGGAUGUCGGUUUGCAGGAUACUUGUAGCUUCAUUCUUUUCUUUUAGUUUAAAUACACUGUAACAAACCCCCACUAAUCUCGGAGAUUGGUUUACACGUACAUUAUCAAAACGUAUUUUUUGUUGUGGGUGCCUCACGCGUUUUCAUCGAUCGUCGCACUACUCUUUCAACAUAAACAUUCUUUGUCUGUCUACUUUUUGUAUAGAACCACCCUUUUUCAGGUUUAAUUUUAAAAAUGAACGGACUACCGCCUCAGAAUCACCAGCAAUUCCAGCAGCAACAGCAAUUCUUACAACAGCAACGGCAGCAGCAGCAAUUCUUACAGCAGCAACAACAGCAACAGCAACAACAACAACAACAGCUUCAGCAACAGCAGCAACAACAGCUUCAGCAACAGCAGCAACAACAGCUUCAGCACCACCACCAGCAGCUGCUACAACAACAGCUUCAGCAGCAGAAUCAACACCAGCAACAGCAACUGCACAACAACAGCUCUGUGAUGGUGGUCGAGACACAGCAACAAAGUAUCAACUAUCUGCUGCAAAACCUCGAGCGCCUGGAACAAACAGGCAACACGUUUUUUAAAUCGCUGGAAAUGGUUGGACAAGGACCACCAUCGCUACUCGCUGCGCAGCUUGUGGCCAUGUCGCAGAUAUGUCAGCAAAUGCGCGAUAAUGCCCAGAGCACGGCAAUGCUGAACGUGCCUAUUGCAAGAGCGGACCCUGUUUUUACCGAGCCAGCAGAUAUCCUGCCGCGCUCAGAGGCUGACAGCCAUGUAGGGCUUGCAUCAGUGCCCGAGCUCGAGGCAUGGGUGGAGGGCACAGCCAUGCAGACAAGCGAGUUGUUUGUGGAACGCAGGCGUCUGACUGCCAACGUCCAGGCUGCGCUGUCGGUACCGCCGCCCAAGCGGUUAGAUCUCAAGUGAAAACCAAAUGGUAUCUAAUUUUAUUGUGUAAAAAAUAUUUAGUUA